AUGCCAGAACUCUACAGAAAGAGAUAUAUAUGGGCGUCAAGCAACAGCGUGAAGAUGAAGUUGAAGCUGGUGGUGGACAAGAAGAGGAACAGGGUGAUCUACGCAGAGGCUCAAAAGGACUUCGUGGACCUGCUGUUCUACAUCCUCUCCCUCCCUCUAAGCGCCGCUGGAUUACAGCUCUGUUCUGGCUGCUUUCGAGGGCUUUGA